GCGUGUGUCAGUGCGCAGUGACAUUUGGAAAAAAUACUUCUCGAUAUUCCGGGAUUUUGUCGAAGAGGAAGAGGAGAUAGCCAAUAUAUGGCAGCCUGAGGAUCCUACGAUUCUGCACCUUCUAGAUGAAGCUGACGAGAAACCACUCCAGACCAAGACCACAGGUGCUAAAUAUUCAGCGUCACACGCAACUGAUGCGAAUACUGCCCCAGGAGCAACUCAAGAUCAUAAAAACGCGAACACCGAUGAAGAUUUGGACGUUUCCCAGAUCAAGGUUGUGGUCCGUGAUGCCGAUGUAAGUAAAGAC